AUUUAGCCAAACAGGAGGACACCAUUGAAGAUAUCAUUGGAAUCGUGCGAAGAGCUCUUCAGCCUAAAUAUCAGCAUUUGUCUCAACUUCAGAUGGAUGUGAAUCCAUAUGUGGUGAGCAGUUGGUUUCACGGGGACUAUCCGACGCCUUUCAUCAAAAAGAAAUGGUUCCCAAACGACACACACGACCAACAAUUCACAUAUAAGUCGACCCAUUCUUUCAAUAUGAGAGCCGAGAAGCCGUUACCGCCUGCCAUUUCUCUCGAAGACGACAUCUGUUUGAAGUCUGAAAUUCCUGAAUACAAAUAUCGUUUACUAAAUUUCGGAUAUCCUCUGCGGCGCCAAUCAUUGUCUACAUUACCCGGCUUUUGGAGCGACCGCUCAAAUGGAUCUUUUGAUGACGACCAGCAAGUGUUGGACGGAAUGGCCAUCUCAUCAUCGUUUGCAUGGCUUCACAGUUUGGCCUCAAAUCUUGGAUUUUCUAUUUUUCAUGAAUUAACGUAUCCUUUGGUCACUCACGCCAUUAUAACCGACGGCCAGUUUUGGUCUUUCUAUGUCUAUCAACUCAAUACACACUGUUUUCAUAGCGAUAUCGAUAAUAAUAUGUUGCGUAAUGUCUGUUGGAGUUCUGGUGAGCUUAAGCUCUUCGACAGCUAUGAAAAUGGACAGCUUAUCGGUGUUAACGAUGAAGUCCUCAAACUAUUGAUCAAAUUUAUGGCUCGUGAGCCACAAGUGAGCGAUAACUGUGUUCUUCGGCCGUAUUUGAGUGAAGACCAGAGGGAGGAAAGGGAUAAAGAAGAACUGAGUUAUUCAUUG